AGAAGUCUACCUCGGUGCUCAAGGAAGUGGAUGUGGGAGCCACGCUCUGUAACGUGCAGCUAAACUGCUGAAUUUAGUAAAUGCUCAGAACGCGGAGGGUGUGUAAAAAAUGGAAUUCCUGAAAAAAAUUGUUCCCACUGUCGCUUCUGGAGAGGUAGUUCUGGAUGCUGGGAGUACUGCCCGUGAAAGCUCCCCAAGGCUACUGAAGAUGAGACGUGUCAGACUGUUUUCAUUAGGACAGACAAUAGAUGAAGAUGAGGAGACACAUGUUUUACAUCCUGAUUACACCUCCACGCCACCCAGCAGAGUAAAUAAACGCAGAGUUUCUCCAAGUGUUGUUUCCACCUGGGAAAAGAGAGGCAUCAUCAUGUCUAACAUUACUAUUGAUCCAGAUGUCAAACCUGGCGAGUAUGUCAUCAAAAGCCUCUUUGCUGAAUUUGCUGUUCAAGCUGAAAAGAAAAUUGAAGUUGUAAUGGCUGAACCUUUGGAAAAGCUCUUGUCCAGAUCUCUUCAAAGAGGUGAAGAUCUUCAGUUUGAUCAGUUGAUAAGCUCUAUGAGCUCAGUAGCAGAGCACUGUCUCCCCUCCUUAUUACGCACCUUGUUUGACUGGUACAGGCGUCAAAAUGGAACAGACGAUGAAUCUUAUGAAUAUAGACCUCGAUCUAGCACAAAAUCAAAGGGGGAUGACCAACAACGUGAAAGAGAUUAUCUACUUGAAAGGAGGGACUUAGCUGUAGAUUUCAUUUUUUGUUUAGUUUUAAUAGAGGUUCUAAAACAGAUACCUGUUCAUCCAGUGCCAGAUCCUUUAGUACAUGAAGUCCUAAACUUGGCUUUUAAGCACUUUAAACAUAAGGAAGGGUAUUCAGGAACCAACACUGGGAAUGUGCAUAUUAUUGCAGACUUAUAUGCAGAAGUGACAGGGGUUCUUGCUCAAUCAAAGUUUCAAGCUGUUAGGAAGAAGUUUGUCACUGAAUUAAAGGAACUGCGACAAAAAGAACAGAGUCCUCAUGUAGUACAAAGUAUCAUCAGUUUGAUUAUGGGAAUGAAGUUUUUUCGAGUAAAGAUGUAUCCUGUGGAAGAUUUUGAAGCAUCAUUUCAGUUCAUGCAGGAAUGUGCUCAAUACUUCCUGGAAGUGAAAGAUAAAGAUAUAAAACAUGCACUUGCUGGUUUGUUUGUGGAAAUUCUCAUCCCUGUGGCUGCUGCUGUUAAAAAUGAAGUGAAUGUGCCAUGUUUGAAAAAUUUUGUGGAGAUGCUAUAUCAGACUACCUUUGAAUUGAGUUCAAGAAAGAAGCAUUCACUGGCUUUGUAUCCAUUGAUCACCUGCCUGUUGUGUGUCAGUCAGAAACAGUUUUUUUUAAAUAACUGGCACGUUUUCCUGCAGAACUGUUUGUCACAUCUAAAGAAUAAAGAUCCCAAAAUGUCCCGAGUUGCACUGGAAUCUUUGUAUAGGUUAUUGUGGGUUUAUGUUAUUAGAAUAAAAUGUGAAAGCAACACUGUAACUCAAAGCCGUCUCAUGAGCAUUGUAUCAGCACUUUUUCCAAAAGGAUCACGUAGCGUGGUCCCACGAGACACACCUCUGAAUAUAUUUGUGAAGAUAAUUCAGUUCAUUGCUCAGGAACGUUUGGAUUUUGCAAUGAAAGAAAUAAUAUUUGAUCUUCUUAGUGUUGGAAAAUCACCUAAAACCUUCACUAUUAAUCCAGAGAGGAUGAAUAUUGGCCUCAGAGUCUUCCUUGUCAUAGCAGAUAGCUUGCAGCAGAAAGAUGGUGAACCACCAAUGCCAACAACAGGAGUUGUUCUUCCCUCAGGAAAUACUCUGCGCGUGAAGAAAAUUUUUCUUAACAAAACGCUGACAGAUGAGGAAGCAAAAGUUAUAGGAAUGUCCAUAUACUACCCUCAAGUCAGAAAAGCGCUAGAUAGCAUUCUUAGGCAUUUGGACAAAGAAGUUGGAAGGCCCAUGUGCAUGACUAGUGUGCAGAUGUCCAAUAAAGAACCUGAAGACAUGAUUACGGGUGAGAGAAAACCUAAGAUAGAUUUGUUCAGAACUUGUAUUGCUGCUAUCCCAAGACUGAUUCCAGAUGGCAUGAGCAGGACUGACCUCAUUGAAUUGCUUGCAAGGCUGACAAUUCAUAUGGAUGAAGAACUUCGUGCCUUGGCUUUCAAUACUCUCCAAGCAUUAAUGCUUGAUUUUCCAGAUUGGCGGGAAGAUGUUCUUUCAGGAUUUGUAUAUUUUAUUGUGCGUGAAGUGACUGACGUCCACCCAACGCUUCUUGACAAUGCAGUAAAAAUGUUAGUGCAGCUCAUAAAUCAGUGGAAACAAGCAGCCCAAAUGCACAAUAAGAACCAAGAUUCUCAGCGUGGUGUAUCCAAUGGGGCUGCCCAUACCCUUCCUCUGGAGAGGAACCUUUAUUCCAGUGUAUUUCACGUGGUGGAAGGCUUUGCUUUGGUCAUCCUUUGCAGCACAAGGCCUGCCACCAGGAGAUUAGCUGUCAGCGUUCUCAGAGAAAUAAGGGCCUUGUUCACAGUUUUAGAAAUUUCGAAGAGUGAAGAUGAGUUGGCUAUAGAUGUAAUGGACAGACUAAGUGCCACUCUCCUGGAGAGUUUCAUACAUCUCACUGGGGCUGACCAGACUACUUUACUGUACUGUCCCAGUUCAAUAGAUUUACAGACUCUGGCUGACUGGAAUUCCUCCCCAAUCAGCCACCAGUUUGAUGUGGUCAGUCCAUCACAUAUAUGGAUAUUUGCACAUGUGACUCAAGGCCAAGAUCCAUGGAUUAUAAGCCUCUCAAGUUUCAUGAAACAGGAAAAUCUUCCAAAACACUGCCCAACAGCUGUAAGUUAUGCUUGGACAUUUGCUUAUACCAGACUCCAACUGCUGUCUCCGCAAGUGGAUAUAAACAGCCCUAUCAAUGCAAAGAAAGUGAAUACUACUACAAGCAGUGACUCCUAUAUUGGGCUCUGGAGAAACUACCUGAUUCUUUGCUGCAGUGCAGCAUCUUCUUCAAACUCCUCCACCUCCACAGGCUCUGUGAGAUGUUCCCCUCCUGAGACGCUGGCGUCUACUCCUGACAGUGGUUAUAGCAUUGAUUCAAGAGUCAUUGGCAUUCCAUCCCCUUCCUCCCUGUUUAAGCACAUAGUUCCAAUGAUGCGCUCUGAGAGCAUGGAAAUUACAGAAUCCCUUGUGCUGGGACUUGGCAGGACCAACCCAGGAGCCUUUAGGGAACUAAUAGAAGAAUUACAUCCUAUAAUUAAGGAAGCACUUGAAAGAAGGCCAGAGAACAUGAAACGGCGCAGGCGUCGAGAUAUUUUACGAGUACAACUAGUACGAAUAUUUGAACUGUUGGCAGAUGCUGGUGUCAUUAGUCACAGUGCAAGUGGUGGCCUUGAUAAUGAAACACAUUCCCUCAACAACACUUUACUUGAGUAUGUCGAUCUUACGAGACAACUCCUAGAAGCAGAAAAUGAAAAGGAUUCUGAUACAUUGAAAGAUAUCCGAUGCCAUUUUAGUGCCUUAGUGGCAAAUAUCAUUCAAAAUGUUCCAGUACACCAGAGAAGAAGUGUCUUUCCACAGCAGAGUCUACGCCACAGUCUAUUUAUGUUGUUCAGUCAUUGGGCAGGUCCUUUUAGUAUCAUGUUUACUCCUCUGGACAGAUACAGUGAUAGGAACAUGCGAAUAAACAGACACCAAUACUGUGCAUUAAAGGCUAUGUCUGCUGUACUGUGUUGUGGCCCUGUUGCAGAUAACGUCGGGCUCUCAUCUGAUGGCUAUUUAUACAAAUGGCUGGACAAUAUUUUGGAUUCACAAGAUAAAAAGGUUCACCAGCUAGGCUGUGAAGCAGUCAUGCUGCUCUUGGAACUCAACCCUGACCAGAGUAACCUCAUGUACUGGGCCGUAGACCGGUGUUACACAGGUUCCAAGCGGGUAGCAGCUGGCUGUUUUAAAGCUAUAGCCAGUGUGUUCCAAAACAGGGAUUACCAGUGUGAUACAGUGACCCUCCUGAAUCUGAUACUAUUUAAAGCAGCUGAUUCUACUAGGGCUAUCUAUGAAGUUGCUAUGCAACUAUUGCAGAUCUUGGAACCAAAGAUGUUCCGUUAUGCUCAUAAACUGGAAGUUCAGCGGACGGAUGGGGUUUUGGGUCAGCCUUCUCCUUUACCACAUCUUUAUUCUGUGUCGUAUUAUCAAUUGUCAGAAGAAUUAGCAAGGACUUACCCUGAACUAACACUUGCUAUCUUCUCAGAAGUAAGUCAGAGAAUCCAAACAGCUCACCCAGCUGGGAGACAGGUGAUGCUGCAUUAUCUGCUGCCGUGGAUGAACAAUAUUGAGUUGGUAGACUUGAAACCGUUGCCAACCAUUCGUCGGCAAGAUGAAGAUGAAGAAGAUUCUUUGAAAGACAGAGAAAUAAUGGUGAACAGUAGACGAUGGCUGCGAGGAGAAGGCUGGGGGUCACCGCAGGCUACAGCUAUGGUUCUGAACAAUCUGAUGUAUAUGACUGCAAAGUAUGGUGAUGAGGUGGCUUGGUCGGAGAUAGAAAAUGUCUGGACUACUUUGGCAGACAGCUGGCCAAAGAAUCUGAAAAUAAUUUUGCACUUCUUGAUCAGUAUCUGUGGAGUGAACAGCGAACCCAGCCUUUUGCCUUAUGUAAAGAAAGUUAUUGUUUAUUUGGGUAGAGAUAAAACAAUGCAACUACUAGAAGAGCUGGUGAGUGAACUUCAGCUUACAGAUCCUGUCAGUUCAGGAGUCACCCAUAUGGAUAAUCCACCAUAUUACCGCAUUACUUCCAGUUACAAAAUCCCCUCUGUCACUUCAGGUACCACUUCUAGUAGCAAUACAAUGGUAGCUCCCACGGAUGGCAACCCUGACAGUAAACACAUAAAAGACAAUAUUGAAGAGAAUUACGUACAUCUAGACAUCUACAGUGGGUUGAACAGUAACUUAAACCGCCAGCACCACAGACUAGAAUCUCGCUACAGCAGCAGCUCUGGAGGAUCAUAUGAAGAGGAAAAAAGUGAUUCAAUGCCUCUGUAUUCAAACUGGCGGUUGAAGGUGAUGGAGCACAACCAAGGAGAGCCUCUACCUUUCCCACCUACUGGAGGUUGCUGGUCACCAUUGGUGGAUUACUUGCCUGAAACUUCUCCUCCAGGCAUGUCUCUUCACAGAUGCAAUAUAGCAGUGAUCCUUUUGACUGACUUGAUAGUUGACCACGGUGUAAAGGUGGAAUGGGGAGGAUAUUUGCAUCUUUUGCUUCAUGCAAUUUUUAUAGGUUUUGACCACUGUCACCCUGAAGUCUAUGAGCAUUGUAAACGACUGCUUUUGCAUCUACUGAUAGUGAUGGGAUCUGGCAGUAAUGUCCAGUCUGUUGCUUCUGUCCUACUCAGAAACAGAGAGUUCAAUGAGUCCAGGGUGCUUACUGUCAAGCAAACUACCCAUUUAGAUUAUACUUUCACAGCAGGUGUUCAUGAUUUUAUACCUGAUUACCAGCCCUCCCCAAUGACAGACUCAGGGCUUAGUUCAAGUUCUACCUCUUCUAGCAUCAGUUUAGGAAAUACAAGUGCUGCCAUUUCUCAUCUGCACACCACCAUCCUCAAUGAGGUUGACAUUUCAGUAGAGCAGGAUGAAAAAGUGAAAACUCUCAUAGAAUUUAUUACCUCAAGGAAAAGAGGCCCACUUUGGAAUCAUGAAGAUGUUUCGGCCAAGAACCCUAAUAUAAAAAGUGCUGAACAGUUAACUGUGUUUUUAAAGCAUGUGGUAUCUAUAUUUAAACAGUCUAGCUCAGGAGGAUUUCAAUUGGAACACCGUCUCAGUGAAGUUGCGCUGCAAACUGCGCUUUCGUGCUCCUCUCGGCAUUAUGCUGGGAGGUCCUUUCAGAUUUUCAGGGCUCUGAAGCAGCCUCUUACUGCAUCUACGCUUUCUGAUGUUCUCUCCAGACUAGUAGAGACUGUUGGAGAUGCAGGAGAAGAAGCUCAGGGUUUUGUCAUAGAACUGCUUCUGACCUUAGAGUCUGCUAUUGAUACAUUGGCUGAAACCAUGAAGCAUUAUGAUCUGCUUUCUGCCCUUUCUCAAACCUCAUACCAUGAUUCUGUAAUGGGAAACAAGUAUGCAGCUAAUAGGAAAAGCACUGGACAGAUAAAUCUAAGCACAAGUCCCAUCAAUAGUGGCAGUUGUUUAGGAUACUACGGCAAUACAAGGAGUAAUUCUUUGAGACUGAAUUUAAUCAGUGAGCGGAGAGGCGACCGUCGACGGAGCAACACACUGGAUAUAAUGGAUGGCAGGAUAAAUCAUGGUGGAAGUUUGGCAAGGACUAGAAGCCUUUCCUCCCUGAGAGAGGGAGGGAUGUAUGAUGUGCAGCCUACUACUGACCCUGUCAACUUGAUGGCCACCAUAUUUUGGAUUGCAGCUUCGUUGCUAGAGUCAGAUUACGAGUAUGAAUACCUUUUGGCUCUCAAGCUACUCAACAAGCUUCUUAUUCACUUGCCUCUGGAUAAAUCAGAGAGUCGGGAAAAGAUAGAAAAGGUGCAGAAUAAACUAAAAUGGAAUAACUUUCCAGGCCUUCAGCAGCUUUUCCUGAAAGGGUUUACUUCAGCAUCUACUCAAGAAAUGACAGUUCAUCUCCUCAGUAAACUCAUCACAAUUUCCAGGCAUGCUUUGGUGGAUCCUUCUCAGUUAGCAGGAUUUCCCCUAAACAUCUUGUGCCUACUUCCUCAUCUGAUCCAACAUUUUGAUAACCCAACUCAGUUCUGUAAAGAAACAGCUGACAGGAUAGCAAAGGUUUGUGCAGAGGAGAAAUCGCCAACUCUUGCCAAUCUGGCGCAUAUGAUGAGUUUAUAUAGUACACACAGUUAUUCCAGAGACUGUUCUAACUGGAUUAACGUAGUGUGUAGAUAUUUGCAUGACUCUUUCUCAGAUACCACAUUUAACCUCGUAACUUAUCUUGCAGAGCUGUUAGAGAAAGGGUUAUCCAGUAUGCAACAGUCCUUACUGCAGAUCAUUUACAGUCUUCUGAGUCAUAUUGACCUAUCCACAGCACCAGUGAAACAGUUUAAUCUGGAAAUCAUAAAAGUUAUUGGUAAAUAUGUUCAGAGUCCAUAUUGGAAGGAAGCCCUUAAUAUUUUGAAACUUGUGGUGUCUCGAUCAGCAAGCCUUGUUGUACCUAAUGAUAUUCCAAAGUCUUACGGAGGCGACAUAGGUUCUCCUGAAAUCUCUUUCACAAAAAUUUUUAAUAAUGUCUCUAAGGAGCUACCUGGGAAGACCUUAGAUUUCCAUUUUGAUAUAUCAGAGACACCAAUUAUUGGGAAUAAGUAUGGUGAUCAACACAGCGCAGCCGGUAGGAACGGGAAACCCAAAGUCAUUGCUGUCACCCGGAGCACUUCUUCAACUUCAUCAGGCUCCAAUUCAAAUGCAUUAGUUCCUGUCAGCUGGAAGAGACCACAGCUAUCUCAGAGAAGAACUAGAGAGAAGCUAAUGAACGUGCUUUCUUUGUGUGGUCCGGAAUCUGGUCUUCCCAAGAAUCCUUCAGUUGUCUUUUCUUCUAACGAAGACUUGGAAGUUGGAGACCAGCAAACUAGCCUUAUUUCAACAACAGAAGAAGUGAUUCAAGAGGAGGAAGUGGCAGUAGAAGACAAUACCAGUGAACAACAAUUUGGAGUUUUUAAAGACUUUGACUUUUUAGAUGUUGAAUUGGAAGAUGCAGAGGGUGAAAGCAUGGACAACUUCAACUGGGGCGUUCGUAGACGCUCUCUUGACAGUAUUGACAAAGGAGACACACCGUCUCUUCAAGAAUGUCAGUACUCCGGUAGCACACCCAGCUUGAACUUGACCAACCAGGAAGAUACUGAUGAGUCUUCAGAAGAAGAAGCAGCCCUGACUGCAAGUCAGAUACUGUCUCGUUCACAGGUGUUAAACAGCGAUUCUGCCAUAGACGAAACAAUAUCAGACCAUGCUGGUUUAUCACUUCAGUCUCAAGAUUCCACUAGCAGUGUGGGAACAGAAGAGGUGCUUCAAAUCAGAACUGAGACCCCAAGUUUGGAGGCUUCUCCUCUAGAUAACUCUAGCAACCAGCUGCCUGAGGAAGGCAGUUCAGCAGUAAGGGACGAACAGGUUAGCACUGCUAGUGAAGACACUGGGUCAUAUCUACUACAAGAACAACAGGACUGUCUGGUCUGUCAUGAAUCUCUUGAGUUGGAAGAGACCCCAGAACUGGUGGAGGCAGCAGCUCCUGAGAGCUAUUCUGAAUCUAUCUGUGAAGAGGAUGUCACUCUUGCUUUGAAAGAGCUAGAUGAGAGAUGUGAAGAAGAAGAAGCUGACUUCUCUGGUUUGUCUAGCCAAGAUGAAGAAGAACAAGAUGGUUUCCCAGAAGUACAAACUUCCCCACCUCCUUCACCGUUUCUUUCUGCCAUAUUGGCAGCUUUCCAACCAGUGGCAUACGAUGAUGAAGAGCAAGCCUGGCGCUGCCACGUCAAUCAAAUGCUGUCAGAUACAGAUGGAUCUUGUGCUGUCUAUACAUUUCACGUCUUUUCAAGAUUGUUUCAGACCAUUCAAAGAAAGUUUGUAUCUAUAACAAAUGAUUCGGUCAGCUUUCUUGGCGAAAGUCUACAGCGCAUUGGAACAAAAUUUAGAAGUUCUCUGGAAGUGAUGAUGUUAUGUUCAGAAUGUCCGACAGUCUUUGUGGAUGCGGAAACGCUAAUGUCUUGUGGCCUGCUAGAAACAUUGAAGUUCAGUGUUCUAGAGCUCCAAGAACACUUAGAUACCUAUAAUGUCAAAAGAGAGGCAGCAGAACAGUGGCUAGAAGACUGCAAAAGAACAUUUGGUACUGAUGAUGGUAUUCAUGGCACUAACACAGAUGCCCAGCAAAUGGAAAUUCUAGCAGAGCUGGAGUUGUGUCGGAGGCUAUACAAGUUGCAUUUCCAGUUGCUACUUCUGUUCCAAGCCUAUUGCAAACUCAUCAGCCAAGUAAAAACAAUCAAAAAAGAAGCAGAGGUCUUAAACAUGUCUGAAGAACUUGCUCUUUUGGAGAGCUGUCUCAAAGAGGCUGAGGCUGCGUCUGACAGUGGUAUCGAAGAAAUUGAAAUUGCUGAGGCUUCCCAGGCUAGCACAGAAACGGCGAUUCACUCUCUCAUUGAAACCCUGAGAAACAAGGAGUUUGUGUCAGCUGUAGCACAGGUCAAGGCUUUCAGAUCUAUUUGGCCCCACGACAUCUUUGGCAGUUCUGAAGAUGACCCAGUUCAAACAUUGCUGCACAUAUAUUUCCGUCAUCAGACGCUUGGUCAAACUGGUAGCUUCGCAGUGGUAGGCUCCAACCAGGAUAUGUCUGAGGCCAGCUCAAAGCUGAUGGAACUUAAUCUAGAAAUUCGGGAGUCUCUACGCAUGGUGCAAUCCUAUCAGCUUCUAGGGAAAAUCAAACCAGGAAUAAAUCUAGUGAGCACUGGAUUCUGAAAAGCUGUCAUUUAGGAAAGAACUGAUGAUGAAGAUGCUUCAGACUAUUCUUGAGCACCUUUCAUGGAGAAAAAAAAAAAAAAAUAAAACCUCCAGCAAUCCUGACAACCAACACAGUUUAUUCACAGCAAGAAAUUGUUUCAUCAAAAGUAAAAAAUCUGAAAAUUGAAGUGAACAUCGUAUUUGACUGCUCUUUCUACACAGUAGCUGUGUGACAGUAGUAUUUUUUUAUUAAAUUUAUGUAUAAAAACUACAUGAAAGGAAAAGGGCUUAAAUGUAAUGCAUACAUAUGCAUUAUUUUCUGUUGUAACAGAACUAUAAAUGGUGUUUGCAGUAACCGCCUCUAAAGGUUCAAUCAAUAUCGCAGGUGGGAUGAGGCUAAAAUCAAGGCUGGUUUAUUUUGGCUGAAGACCUGCAAGGCUUCCUGGCUUCCCAGCAGUAGUAGAUCUAAUCAUCAACUAAUACCCAGUGAGACACUUUGCAACGUCAUGAAGA